UGAAGGCAGCGCUGCCGCACUCUGGUGACCGUCUAUGUAACACUCGGCUAGAGGGUUGCGAGUGACUGGCCUCUCGCUAACUCUUUUUAUGCUCCUUCUUGCAGUAUGCGUUGAUGCUGUUUGCGCUCUUUGCACACGUUCCGAAAUCCACGAUUGUUGACAGCCGUGAAGACGUCAACGCUUCGAAGCUGCUUGGCUUUCACCAGUCUCCGAAAACCUGCCGCUGGCCCUACUUUUGGUUGUCCCCGUCGGUAAAGAAAGGAGACUCAGUCGACCAGCAAGUCUUUUCUGUUAAUCGACAAUGUCGGGUUCGAUGCACUCCGAUAUGUGCAACGUCUACUACUGCCACGAGCCGAUCCAGCAAACGGGUUCCGCUAUCGCGAACGUGCUGUCGUACUUCGGUUCAUGGUCGGGAAGUGCGUGUGGCGAUUCGAGGGAGAAGCACUGGCUGGCGGUCUUCGACUACGGUGAGGACAUGGUGACUGUGUGUGAAGCCGACAUGGACUACGCAGGGAACCUGUCGGGACGCAAGUACUGGAGGAAGCGGACGGUCUUCAAUAAUAUCUAUUCGAACAAGAGGCAUCUGGGAAAGCACCGUGUUCCGGAGGCGCGCAUCCAUGAGGCCAUGCGAAAGACGUGUAACAUGGGCCCCUACCACCCGACGAACAACAACUUCCAGAUCGCGCGCACGCCGGAGGUUUCCAUGCCCGCACCGAGCUAGGUCGAGGUCACUGCCAUCGAGGGUGCCAAGGUGUGUGCCUGAAGUGAGGUGAUCAAUGGCCGUAGGUGGUUUGAGUCCUUGCGUGCACCAGUCCAUGGCAAUAACCAUGAGUGGAGGAGCUAUUGACCAUUGGGACUCUUGGGAAUCGACCAGAAUGCCGAUUUCCCGAGUCCACCACACGCUGACAAGGUUACGGUUGCAGGGUCGAAGAUCUGGUUCAGUACUUCAUCUGCGUCAUCGCUGUGCUGAUGGCUCGAUUUCCAAGGAAGUGAGAAGUAUCUUUGCCCACACCUGACAGUUAUUGUGCCUCAGGUGGUACUCGCCCCCAUCCGACAGAUCCUGAACUGCUGUUAUAAUCUGGGGCUGUGUUGCUCUGCGGCUUCGGAGGUCAGUCUGCGGAGGAGGAGUGCGCAAGAAUAUUAGUCCAUAGACCAUUUAAUUGAGAGUUCCGCCAUUUAGCCACCACAGCGCCAUAUAUCCCGAAGCUGCGAGCUUCGACAUAGCCGCAUUAUCGAACAUCGACGGCCCUAGAGGUACUGCCACAGCUCUGGCCGCGAUCGAAGUAGGUGAGUCAAGUCUAAACAUGGGAGAGUCUGAGUAUGGGAGAGGCCUUUGCCUUCAGUGGGCGUAACCAGGUUGAUGAUGAUGGUGAUGAUGAUGAACAUACGUGCAAUGUGUUAUUAAAGCGAAAGCCUUAGAUGUCUCAUGACACGAAAAUUGUCGAGCUUGCACCAGCCCAGCCAUAGCCUCCUAGAUCA